GGUAAUCUUUAACCGAGAGCGCCGUUUGAUCUCCUAGUCGGGUGUCUGGAAGCGUUGCCUGUGCGUGUGGAUCAGUCGCGUUAAUUCUUUUCCCGAAGGCUCUGCUCAUUGAUGAACCUUCUCCAGAUCUCCGUAUUUUUCCGUUUCCCCCGUGUCCUGUGCACAAUGAACUGCUGUCUGUUUGUAGGCUCCUUUUAAUCUUUGAAUUUUAAAUCCUUGCGUGUGGGGUAUGCUGCACAAGAACGGGAAAGCCGAGGUUCUGAGCAUUUGAUAACCCCGCUCUCUCUUUCUCUCCUCCCCCUCUCUCCUCCUCCUCCUCUCCCUCUCUCUCUCCUCCUCUCUCCGGUUACAGGUAAAGAGAACCUACUCCCAUGGGACGUACAGAGCCGGGGCCAUGAGGCAGAUCAGCCUGGUGGGAGCGGUGGAUGAAGAGGUCGGGGAUUACUUCCCAGAGUUCCUCAGCAUGCUGGAAGAUUCGCCCUUUUUGGAGCGCACCCUUCCCUGGGGCACCUUCUCCAGCCUGAAGCUCAAGAGCCCCACGGAGAGUGACGACGGCCCCAUCCUGUGGGUCCGGCCGGGGGAGCAGAUGAUCCCCGUCACGGAGAUGCCAAAGUCUCCCUUCAAAAGGAAAAGGUCUACCAAUGAAAUUAAAAACCUGCAGUACCUACCUCGGGCCAGUGAACCCCGUGAGAUGCUGUUUGAGGACCGCACACGGGCCCACGCCGACCACAUCGGGCAGGGCUUCGAGCGGCAAACCACUGCGGCCGUGGGGGUGCUGAAGGCGGUCCACUGCGGAGAAUGUGGGGAUCCCCCUCGGAUAACCAAAGACGUGGUGUGCUUUCACGCUGGAGACUUCACAGAAGUGGUGCAGAGGCUACAGCUGGACCUGCACGAGCCACCCCUCUCCCAGUGCGUCCAGUGGGUGGACGACGCCAAGCUGAACCAGCUGCGGCGGGAGGGCAUCCGCUACGCCCGCAUCCAGCUGUACGACAACGACAUCUACUACAUCCCCCGCAACGUGGUGCACCAGUUCAAGACCGUGUCGUCCGUGUGCAGCCUGGCCUGGCACAUCCGCCUGGCGCAGUACCACCGGGAGGAGGAGCCCCAGAGCGCCGCGUCGCCCGCGGCGACCGCCGCCUCGCCCGCGGCGCUGUCCGUCAAGCAGGAGGCCGGGGAGCACCCGGAGCCCCCCGCCCCCGUUCCCGCGGCGACCCCCCGCGGCCCCCAUGACACUCCCCUCCGCGAAAUCAAAGAGGAGCCCGCAGCCGCGCCCCUGGAACUGGGCGCCAGGCCCCCCCUGGCCCCGGUCACGCCGCAGGAGAGCAGGCCCAAAACGCACCAUCACCCAGAAUGUCCCGCCACUCCAGCCAAGCCUGGCGCCGGGCAGCCCGGCGUGCGGACACAGCCCCCACCGCCCCCGGGCGAGACCCCGCAGGACACGCUGUUCCCAAAGGCUCCGGUCACCCCGCAGGACACACGGCCGCCCCUCUCAAUAAGACCCCACCUGCAUGAGCAGCACAAAGACUUUUUAUACUGAUUUGUACAUAAUGUUUUUAAAUGGCUUUUUUCUUUUUGUUUUGUUUUUUUUUUGUUUUUUUGUUUUUACGAUACAUAUAUAUAUAUAUAUAUAUAUACAUAUAUAUAUAUAAAAAAAGAAAAAAGUGUGAUGUAUUAUAUGGAUAAUGUAAGCUCUGUGGGGCAAGCUUGCGACUUGCGCUCUACUCUGUUACCGAAUGAAUACAUAGCAAAUGUAGCUUGUAACAUUCCUCAGUGCCUGUCCGUAACUGUGAACUAUCAAAGCACUUAGGGCCAGCUGCACUGUUACCCUGCAGGUUUGAAAUAAACAGGUCCUUAAAUAAUAUAUUUUUAAGUUGUAGGUUAUAGAUGUAUUAGAGCUGACAUGAACAUAUAUAUUUUUUGUAAGAUGAGACAGAAUUCUUUUAAUGACUCCGGGCUUUUUCCAUAGAGCUUAUUUAUAUCAAUUUUUUUUUUUGUUCCAUUUUAAAUGUCAGCACUGUAGUGUAAAUAACUUUUUUUUUUAAACUUGUAGUGUGAUUUAUACUUAAAUAAGAACCUCUUAAUAAAGGUUCACAAUAUUGGAACAUUGUUGUUUAAACAAGGGCUACACUGAACAAUCAAGUACAUUACAGUAAGACCGCAAGACUCACAGAAAGGUAGGUCAUAUGGCCUAAGUAAGUUCUUCCAUGAUCAUGAAAGAAAGUAAAUGGUUACUCUGUGUAGAACUAAGACAACUAUGUUUGAAGAUAAAUGAUGAAUUAAAGGCAUAGGAUCAACACAGAA